AUGCAGAAGGCCUCAGAACUGGUUCCCAGUGGGAUGCUGUCAGUCAUUGGUAGACCUCAGGAUCAGUAUAAUUAUGCCUGUCUGCAGGCAAAAGAGCACUGCAAGAGUCUGGGGAUGGAGAAUCCUGUGUGCUCUGUGGCCAACUACCUGUUUCCAGAUGGCUCUGGAUUUCCUCCAGGAAAACUCUCGCGCCUAAAGUUCAUGCGGACCAAAACUCUCCCAGUCAGUGGUGCGUUCCAUACUGAGCUGAUGGCAUCGGCUACUGAACCCCUCAGAGAGGUGCUCCGGCAGGUGGAGAGUGAGGGAAAGUCUUCCCUUCACCAUGAACUCAAACUGAAGAGACGGAUCCAGCGGGAAAACAGUCAGCGGGAACGCAGCGGGAGCGCCCGCAGCAGCUGCAGCAGCAGGGGCAGCCAAUCUGAUGACUUGACUAUCCAUGAGACGGAGAAGACAGAAAAAGAGAAAGACAAACAGGACUUAGAGAUUGAAAACAUUAUCAAGAUCGUAAAGAGGAAAGAUGCUGAGCUGAAGCAGCUCUCACACACAGAGGAUCACAUCCAGUUUCUACACAACUACCCCUCACUGUCAGCACUCAGUGUGUAA